AAUCUCUUACGAACGCCAUUUUGAUACUUGUGUUAUCAGUAUCACUGUUAUCAGUAAGUAAGUUCCUGAGUUUAGUUGUUACCCUUGUUUUUUAUCGUACUAUGAGUGAUAGGGAGAGAAGUCGUUCUAUAGAUCGUAAAGGCAUGGCUCGCGAUCGUUCACCACACGCAAGGCGGGAAGAAUCUCCAAGGAACCACAAGGACAAAAGUUUUUCAAGGAGUCCACCAUCUAACCGCAAAGGAAAAAUGUUUAGAGAUGAUGACAGGCGUAGAGACAAAGGAGACAAUAGAAACAGGUCUAGAAGCAGAUCCCGUUCAGGGAAAAGAUAUAAGAGUUCGCGAUUCUCUCGUAGUAGGUCCAGGUCAGGUGGUUAUGGAAGAGAUAGAAGCCAUUCACGCAGUCCCAUGUCUAGUCGUAGACGUCACACUGGCACUCGUGACAAUCCUAAGCCUUCCCGUUGUCUGGGUGUAUUUGGCCUCAGCGUCCACACAACAGAGGAAGAAAUAUUCCACAUUUUCGCUGAAUAUGGACCAAUUGAGAGAGUUCAAGUUGUGAUUGAUGCAAAGACCGGACGUUCCCGUGGCUUUUCCUUUGUGUACUAUAAAAAUACAGACGACGCCAAACAGGCAAAGGAGCAACUUGCCGGGAUGAAAAUAAGCGGAAAAAAUAUCAGAGUUGAUUAUUCCAUUACCGAAAGGGCUCAUACUCCCACACCCGGAAUAUACAUGGGAAAACCAACAACAAAAUACGACAGAUACGAAAGAAGAAGAGAUCAUCGAGACAGAGAUGAUCAUUAUGAUGGCAGCAGAUCCAGAAAACACAAACGUUCCUCGUCGCCCUUCUUCAGGCGGAGGCGCUUUGAUCGAUCUAGAUCUCGUUCUUACAGUCCUCGCUUUACAACAAGAUCUUGGGAUUGAAAUUUGAAGUAUGUUUAAGAAAUUGAAACCCCAAGCUUAUUUCUCUGAAAUCGGCUACGCAAACUAUCAAGAGUGUUUUAAUCAACUCUUUUGAAGAAAGAAUAUUGGUCUGGUCGAAGACUUCAGAUCAAGACUUUGGGCUUCAACUGAAACCGAAGAAAAACACCAUCAACUUGAAGAACUCAACGAGUCUCUCUUGGUUGUCAAGAUCAGUACUGGAAGAUUUCUUAAACAUAUUCUGAAAAUCUUCACCACAGUGACAAAGCGACAGAUUUAUCUUAGUGAAAAUCACUUUUCAAAGUUAUCAAGCAAUAAUAGGCUCUCAACUUUCUUAAAAAGUUGAGACAUUUAUAUUGAGGGUGAACUAGCAGUCACUACAUACAUUUGUGACAGGGGUGUAUCCAAGGAAGGGUGGAAUUUCCUAAAUAUCAAUCAAAUUAGAUAGAGUGCAAAGUAAUCUUAAUACUACCCUUGGAAAUAUCUUGGAUAUAUCCUUGUAAUAUGCUUAUUUUUUAAAUAUGUUAAAGAGAAGUUGAUUGGAGUCUUGCACGAUAUUGUGAUGUGGUUGAUUACAUGAUUGUGAAGA